AUGGCUCGAGGCAUUGCCAGUAGCAGCAUGAAUCGGACGCUGAUGAGGGACGUGCGCAUCGUCGAGGUCGGGCCCCGCGACGGGUUGCAGAAUGUCAAGACAGCGAUCCCGACAUCCACAAAAUUGGAGCUCAUCGCGCGUCUGCGCGCCACAGGUCUAAACACGAUCGAGAUCACGUCCGUGGUCUCGCCGCGCGCCAUCCCGCAGCUGGCUGACUGUCGAGAGGUGCUCGCCGACCCGACCAUCAAGACGUUGUUACCGGAUGGCAGUCUCCGUCUGCCCGUCUUGAUCCCCAACCUCAAGGGCUUGCAGAUUGCCAUGGAGAACUCGGUCCGCGAGGUCGCCGUGUUUGUGAGUGCCAGCGAGGGGUUCAGCAAGGCCAACAUCAACGCGACGGUUGACGAGGGUCUGGGCCGGGCGAGGCAAGUGGCUGAAAAGGCCACCGCUGCCGGUCUGGCGGUCAGAGGAUACAUCUCGUGCAUAUUUGCGGAUCCGUUUGAUGGGCCUACUCCGCACGCGGCUGUGCUCAAAGCUGUCCGCGAACUGCUGGAUAUGGGCUGCUACGAAGUCAGUCUGGGCGAUACGCUGGGCAUCGGCACGGCGGCCGACGUCAAGAGCUUGCUGUUGUAUCUGGAGAGUAACGGAGUUUCACCGUCACAGCUUGCGGGACAUUUCCACGACACGUACGGUCAGGCAGUCAGUAACGUCUGGCAGGCUUAUCAGUGCGGUCUCCGUGUUUUUGAUAGCAGUGUCGGCGGAUUGGGAGGGUGUCCAUUUGCGCCUGGAGCAAAGGGGAAUGCCGCCACGGAAGAUCUGGUGUUUUUGUUCCAGCAGGCUGGGGUCAAGACCGGGGUUGACCUUUCGAAGCUGGUCGAGGUUGGGAGCUGGAUAUCUGAUCAGCUUAAAAAGCCAAACGAAAGCCGUGCCGGUGUUGCUCUACUGGCCAAACGAGCGCUUCUUCAGUCCAAAGAUACAGUACAGCAAAAGAGUCAAAAUGACCCCAAAUCGACUUGGGUAUUGGUCACUGAGACGGAGGGAAUCAGACUAUACCGUUCCGGAGUCAACCUCAAAGUGGUUCUCAAUCAGCCAAAGAAGGGCAACGCUCUGACCACUGCAAUGAUUGGUGAUCUAACCGACGUAUUCCGUCGGGCGCGAGACGACCGCACCAUCUCUCGAAUAGUCAUAACCGCUGAGGGUAAAUACUUCUGUGCCGGCAUGGACCUGGGGAAGGGUACUUCGCCGGUUGCGCAAUCGCGUGAAGUCAGCGACGCACAAUAUGAGCGCCUCACACAGCUCUUUGAAGCCAUUGACAAGGCACCUCAAGUGACGAUAGCCGGGAUCAAUGGACCUGCAUUUGGUGGUGGUGUUGGACUGGCCUUUGCGUGCGACAUCAGGAUUGCCGCAAAAUCUGCCACGUUUACCUUGAGCGAAGCGAAACUAGGGUUGUGUCCAGCAACGAUCUCGACAUAUGUGAUCAGAGAAUGCGGAUUCGCUUUCACCCGAGAGGCCAUGCUCUCUGCCCGUCCGGUCUCGAUGGAUGAGCUGCGUUCCCUAGGCUUGGUCGCCAAAGUUGUGGACGAGCCUGGACAGCUGCCGGCAGAGGUGGAUCAGUACCUUGCUCGCCUGAAGGUGGCUGGGCCAGAAGCAUCAACCAUGUGCAAGGACUUGAUCAGGCUGGGCUGGGCCCAUGCUGGAAGCGAGCAGCAAGCAAAGGGCGUCAAGCAAUUGUUCGAUAAGAUGAUGCGCCCUGAUGGCGAAGCAGCCAUUGGGUUGAGAGCGUUUCAAGCCACCAAGAAGCCACUGGACUGGGAUGAGAUCAUCUUGGCGAGCUCCGCAGCUGCUCUGAAGCCCAAGUUAUAG